CAACUCCCCAUGAACUACACGGCUGUAUAGAUAAUAUCUAUCUAUAUAUAUUUAAUAUAAAUGAUCCGUAUAUGUUUAUGGAUAUAAUUUAAUUCUUCAGGAGAAUGUCGGAAAUUAUCUGUCAGUGGCUGAAUGCGGACCUGCGGCUGUCAAAAGUCGUCGAGCCGUUUUCACUGAGCAGGGAUUUUGCAAACGGAUAUCUGAUCGGAGAGAUUCUGUACAAAUUUGAGCUGCAAGAUGAUUUCCAUCUCUUUUCAAAACAAAGUACGGAGAAGGCAAAGCUCAACAACUUCACCCGUAUCAAGCACACGUUGCAGCUCUUGGGUGUUCACUUUGACCUCACCAUGGCCAAAUCCAUCAUGGAGGGCAAGCAGGGGGCAGCACCACAUCUUCUCUACCAGCUUUACAUUGUACUGGAGAAGAAGAAGAGGUCAGGACUCACCGCCACUGCCAUUGAGGUCAUGCAGCCCGCGGCCAAAGCUCGGUUACACCGUGUAGAAAAGCACAUCUAUACGGAGCGUUUGAAGACAGUGGUGAAGCGUGAAACGGAUCUGAAGAUGCAGCAGAUCGCAAAACGUUUUCAUAAAAAAGGGCAGGACGUGUACCAUCAGUCGGUCAUGAAUGAACUCCUGCAGGAAAAAGAGCGAAUCAGACAGCAGGAGGAGAGAAGAUUGAAGGACAUUGAAAAGCACCGGCAGAUGCGCAGACAGCAGCAGGAGAUGAUGAUCCAGAUUAAAUCGGCUGUGGUUCAGAUCCCAAAGCCUCCACACGCUCGUUCAUCCAGAGGUCUGCAGAAACACCAGCAGGUUCGCAAACAACAGGAGGUUCAGCAUGUUCGCCGUGAUUUAGCCCAGUUUGAGCAGAACCAGAAAGUGAUUUCCCCUGAUAGAGAUGGCGCUUUACUCUACAGUCAUGUGACUCAACCAAUGAAUGCAGAUGAGAAGGAACAGUGGAACAGAGAAUACAUCGAAGACAUCCGCCUGCGUCUAACGGAGGACACGGCUGCGCGAGAGCAGCGAGAAAUGCGCAGACGACGCGCCCUGAUGGAGCAACUCAAAGCCCAUGAAGCUCACCAGGAGGCAUUACGAGAAGAACAGAUGGUGAAUCGAUUGAUGCGUCAGACGCAGCAUGAGAAGAGGAUCGCCGUCCAGCUCAUGCAAAUCAAACAGCAAAAAGAAGUACUGCGUCAAAACCGCAUCUUCCAGGAGACACAAUAUCAGGAACGAAGACUUCGAGACUUCCAAGAAGCCCUGGAUAGAGAAGCAGUUCUGGCACGGCAGGAGCGUCUGGAGCGCAGCGAGGAGAUUAGGAUUGAACAUGAGCGAAACAAGCGCCUCGCUGCUGAACGCGCACACGCCCGCUAUCGCAAACGCUUAGACGUCUGCAGAGGAAUUCUGGGACAGAUUGUUGAUCUGGCCACCAAAGUUGGAGAAUAUCGACUCCUCACAGACAAUCUGAUACCGAGGAAGAUGAUGAGGGAGUGGAUGGAGAUGUUCCUCAGUGGGAAACCUCUGUAUGAGGCGGCCGGUGUGGAACCCGUUCCUGCAGAACCCACACCAGAACAGAUCAUUGAACUGCAGAAGCUUCAAAUACUCAAUGAUCAAGACUACGAUGAGUAUCUGGGAAUGAAGGGUGAAUGGGUUUGGCCUGAAGAGGGGGAAAGUCAAGCCCCUCCCCUGAAUAAUGAUAUUCUGGAUCAUGUGUUGAAGCGUAUGCAGAGCAUGAUAAAGCCACCCAUUACCAACACUCCUCCUCCUCUGUUCCCUCGAUUCACAAUCAGAGCGUGUGUAUUAGGAAAAACCUGCACGGGAAAAACCGCCUGCCUUACCAGGAUCAGCAGCCUUCUUGGCGUUCGUGUGCUGUCGGCCAACACUUUAAUCCAGGACGUCCUCACAGCCUAUCAACAGGAAAAACAGAACACGGGUGAAGACCAGAUGGAGGCAGAGUGGUCUUUGAAAGCACAGCGUGGAGCUGCAAUAGAGAAAGUUCUUAGGACAGGUAAAGCGGUUCCUGAUCAGAUACUCGUGGACAUCAUGGUAGAUGCUAUCAGGGACGUCCCUGCAGACAGUGGUUGGGUUCUUGAUGGGUUCCCCGUGAACAUCACUCAAGCUGUGAUGUUGGAGAAAGCUCUAACUGGAGCAGAACCGGAUGAGACUCAACAAAAUACACAUGUAGACAAGAAGACUCCUGAAGAUUCACCACAAACAUCUCCAGCUCUUGAUCUAGUUGUACUGCUAGAUGUUUCAGAUGAACAGGUUAUAGAGCGAGCUUUCUCACAAGCUGUGAAGGAAGAAAGCAGAGACCAGGAACACGAUGUUCUGGAGGAACAAAAGAGUCUGACAGCUCUCGACACAUGCGAUCCAGCAUCCAUCUCCACUUAUAAAAGUCUAGAAAGAGAUCAGAUACAGCACAGAAUUAAUGGCUUUCAUGACACUUGGUCAAAACUUGAGAAAUGGUUUGGUGCAAAGCAGAAUAUUCUAGUGAAGGUCCCUGCAGAAACGGAUGAGGAUCUUCUUUUCACGAACGUGGAGACGAUUUUGAAAGACACCAUGGACUCGAUUAAACAAGUAUCGGCUACAAGUCGUUCCAGAAAAAUGUCCACUUCAUCUAAACACACUCGUGAAGAAAGUCCCAGAUCUUCUGGGCCUUCACCAGUGACCCCAAGAUCUGCCGAACGGGUCUAUGUGGAUGAAUCCUUACCUCAGGAGAUCCCAGAGUAUCUUGUGCCGUACUGGGAGAAUGUGUGCGCUUCAUAUGUGACUAAUGUCAAAAUGGUGAUGCAGAACCUUCGUGGUGAACGCAAGCUCAUCAUUCACUAUCUUUACGACAUCCGAGAGAACUUCAGACAGCAUCUACUCAAGCCUGAUCUAAAGCAGGAGUUUGUAAGCGCAUGGCAGCGUGAUUAUAACAGCGUUCCCGAAAACAUGAGAGAGGACGAGGAGACCAAAGGAGAGCUCCAUCAAAGACUCGAUGACUUGCGAGAGCGUCUAUGGGAUAUCUGUGAUAAACGCAGGGAUGAGGCGGUGCAGGAGAGAGCAGGUGUUAUUGAUGAUGGCUGGUUAGAUGAUCAUACUGCUCUCUUGAUCAAUCAUUAUUCUGCAUUGAUGCAGACAGAAGUGGGCAGGUUUCAAGACUGCAUGUAUCUGCUGAGAGAUUAUUACUCAGGGAUGAAUAAAGCUCUGUUAUCUCAGUCUACAUGUGACUUCAUUCAUGUCCCAUUGCUUGAUAUCACCUGGAACGACCACAUGGAACAAGAAACAUCCAACAUCUCCUCUGGUUCUGGCCCCUCGGAGAAACAUGCAAAGAAUGCUGGGAAAAAAGACACAGAAGUGGAGGACAAAAAGAAAACGUAUGUGUUUCCACUGGUUGCUGCUGACAGAUCUUCUACCAAUGAGCUCUCUAAACAAGAUCUGCUCCACGUGGAUGAGAAACUACUGCAGGAGUUUUAUCAGACGACGGUCACUGCUGUCACAAGCAUGGUGUCUGCAGUGAUCCAUCAGCGAGAUGAAGGGGAAGGUGAUGAAGAACAGCAGCAGAUGGAGACACAGAAAGCACACAGACAGUCUCACACUCCUAACGUUGCAAAAGACAAAAGAAAAGCUGGUAAACAGAAAGGUGUUCCUCCUCCAUCCCAGGAGCCCAGUCCUCAACCUGUUAUGGAGAACCCUGAGGAGGUGAAGAGGAAGGCAUUGAGGAGAAGAAUCCAACAGGAGUACGCGGAUGCACUGAAAAAUGAAGAACUUGCAGUAAAGAUGCGUUUGGAGCUGGUGAAGUCACAUGCCUUGAAAACAUUGUGCAGUCUGCAGCAGAAGACUGAACAGAUUUACAAGAACAUGCAGGACUGGCUCGAAGCUCGAUUCCUCUCUGAGAUGAAGAGUAUCGACCAAAUGACAGAGAUAGUACGGCACCACAUUGAGAACGGCCUUCAGAUCCGUCAUGAGCUUGUGCUGCAAUGCGCUGAUUUCUGUGUGGACGGAGACAUGCGUGUUGUGCCGAGUGCCCCGCCCACUCCUACCCCGCCCCUUCUGGAACAUCACAGUGAUGGCACGCUGACUGUUCAACAGCUGAACUAUUUCUGCGCUCAUCUUCACAAGACUGCACCUUCUGGUCUUGUGUCUGGUAAUGAGGUGAUCGGGGUUCUGCAAGAGAUAACAUCUCCACACAUGGGUAGUGAUGUGCUACCUGAACCCUGGAGGGAUAUGACUUAUACACAGGUGGUUGAGCUGGUUUGUGUAUUCACUCGCGACUCCGAGAUGUUGGACUGGCGUCAGUUUCUGCUCAGUUCUGCUCUCCCGUGGCCGUUUCCAUCCCGAACUCAGCUGAUCAAAACCCUCCAGCGUUACAGAGCCAUCAACACUGCAGGAACCGGACUCAUAACACACGAACAAUACACACAGGUUGAAUUGUGGUUUCCUAGUGAUAGAGAUCAUCUUGUCACAGAUGACCCAUCAGCACCUUUACCCUUUGACAGAUUAAAUAAUCUUAAGAAGUUUUUCUUCACUUUGUUUGCGAGCAUUGACUCAUCUUCAGUGAUGUUGGAUUACAUGAACAUGCUGCUGUAUUUCUGCUGUCAUCCUGAACCGACUCAGGGUUUCAUCAGAGCUUUGAGUCUUGUGAUCGAACAUCCACUACAUUAUAAACACACAAGCCCACUGGUACAGUCUGUGUCACAUAUAGUGAAUGCUGAGUUUGAUGCUGAUGAGGAGGAGUGGAGAGGGGCGGGGUCUGAUGAAGUGGGCGUGUCUCUUGAUGAUGUGCUCAGAGUUUUGAGUCAUGGAGAGAAUCGGAUCUCCUCCCAUCCAAAUCGAUUUCAUAUGAACUGCAGGAGCAGGGAUGAAUACAGAGAGGAGCUGCUAAAGGUGUGGAAAGAGUUGGACUUUAAAUCAGAGGAGAAAAUACCAUUCUCCAUGCUAUCCCAGCAUCCUUUUCUACAGGACCUCAUGGAAACCUCAUCACAGUACCUGCUUGUUGAUAUUCACAAAAUUCUGCAAAGCCAGAAAACUGAAGGAGAUUUCAAAACCUGAGACAUCAUAAACAUUACACAUAAUGUACCAACACCAAAAUAUACUCUGUGCAAAAUACACACACACAC